AUGCGGCCCUUCCGAUUGUCGCAUCCCGCACGCAAGACGGCGGCUUUCCAGCAGGUCCGGCAUUUCCACCCAACCCGUCCAGCACCCUUCAUCAACGAAGCCCUCGAACUCUCCUCCGCCUUUCUCCAUAAUGUCCACGCUAUUUCCGGUCUACCAUGGGCCGUCUCCAUCCCAUUGAGUGCUCUGAUCGUCCGAACAACCGUUGCUCUGCCGCUACAACUCUACAGCAAGAUGCAAGCGAAACGGGAACGGGAUGCGAUACCACUUCUCCAUGCGUGGAACCGAUGCUUUAAAGAGAAUUUGCAGAAAUCAGAGGACUACACCCGCGAGGAUCGCCUAUUGCUCGCUAAAAUGGACCCUACAAGGGCCCAAAAGCAACAACUCAUGAAGCAAUUCCUGGAACGGAAACGAAUCGUACACCGUCGCCUGGGCGUUCCCCGGUUCUGGAAGCCACUGAACUUCCUCCAACUACCCAUCUGGAUCUCCAUCAUGGAGAGUCUCCGCGCCAUGUCCGGCAAUGACCGUGGUCUAGUGCCCUGGCUACUAUCGCGCCUUGAGCCCGAGUCCGCGGAUCCCUCGUCUGCCCUGCAUCUGGCCGUCGAGCCCUCGCUCGCUAAUGAGGGUGCUCUUUGGUUCCCUGAUCUUUUGGCCGGGGAUCCUACCGGUAUCCUGCCCUUGGCACUAACACUAUCUAUUCUGCUGAAUAUCAGAAUGGGUUGGAAGGCCCAGCCUCUGAAGAACCUGGCCGAUCUGCCCAAGGUAGAGAUGUACAAGCAGCUUUCCUUGCGGGGAAUUCGGAUGUUUGUUCAGGUGCUGGCGUUGAAUGUGGGAUUGUCAUCAUAUGUGUCGGAGAUGCCUACCGCUUUGAUGAUCUACUGGCUCACCAGUACGAACGUCGCUACGUUGCAGACCUUACUCCUGGAUCGGGUGCUUUUUCCGGUCAAGCCCCUGCCUGUAUGGAAGAGGCACUAUGUCAUGUACAAAACACCAAAAAGCCUGGCGCCUCCGGCCAAGAAGUCAUGA